AGCGAGGGGUGUCCAGUGUGUGUAAGGUGUGAGACCUCACUACAGUUUAGUGAGUGUCGUGCUCUUCUGCUGCUGCUGCUGCUGCUGCUACCAUACCUUUAAUUCACAAACAAUUAUCACACGUCAGUGUUUUGAUCGCGUUCUGCAAUGGCUUCCUCGCGGGCGUCCUUGUUGUGACACGCGUCUCGGAGGAAUCUUAAAAAAAGUUUCGAGGAGCUAAACAAGAUCUUUGUUAUAAAGAAACUGUGCUUAGUAAUUAACGAUACGUGUUUGUCAAUUAUUAUAACCCUGAUAUUGCGAAGUCUCGCUGUGGCUAAGAGAGAUCUAGCCAGGGACCAUGUUGGUAAUGAGUCAGGCAGGACCGGUGGCUGUGGUGGUGAUGAUGGUGGUGAGUGUGGCGGAAAUGAAGGAUGCUACAUCCCGUUACUACGACUACACUUGCUACAUUGAAAAAGGUUAUGGACUGAGACUUCAGAGUCACAGGGUAGACAAGUAUAUCUCCACCGCGUCACUAAGGGAGUGCCAGAGGGCCUGUGACCUGGCCUUCUUCUCCUGCAAGUCUUUCUCCUACAGUAACUAUCCCACAAGGGAGAGGGAGAACUGCCUUCUCUCCCGCGAGGACUCUAGGACCAUCCACCUGCAGGAUCACCGAGACUUCUACUAUGACAGGGACUUCGUCUUCUACGAGAGGUCUUCAGGGCGAGACUGUCGCAGAAACAACCAUCUUACUGCCUACCGUGAGUACUUCUCUUUUUUCCCUUCUCGAAAGGGUGUUUUGAUGCCAGUAAAAGGCUCUUGA